ACAAACACACACAGAGCUCCCAUUGUUUGCAGCCCUUCACGAGCCCCACUGAUCCUAAUAUGGAAUUCGGCAGGAAACCCAUGAUUUCCUGACAUACAGCAAGCUGAAGAAACUAAAAAGUUUGCAUGAGAGGGGAGGAAAAAAGAAACCCAGAAGUGGAAAGGGUGGGAAAGAACACUCUCUUCCAUUAAACCCUUCCAGCUUCUUCCUUUCUCUCUGUUUGGAAAUGCAAUGGAAAAUAGGGUGGAUUUAGCACGAAUCCCUGAUUUUUCAGGCCGACCCAGGGAAGGGCAGCAGGCUCUCUGUUGCUCGGGCUGCUGCUAUUUUUAAGCCGUGCGAAAUACCAAAGUCUCUGCAUCCAAGAUGAAGAUUUCCUGACUCGAGCUCACAACACGCGUGUCAGUUUUCUAUUUAUUUCCCCCACAUGUUUUUCUCUGGCUGGUAUGGGGGAGACAGGCUGCAAUUCAAAGUUAUGAUUUCAUGAACAUCCAGCGUCCAAAGACAACACAACUCCGUUCAGGGAGAAGCCGGCAACAGCCAGAAUUGCACACCUUCUUGUGGAUUUUCCCCCUCCUGCUGUGGUGCUCCAUGUGUACUUGAAAACGAACAGAACAAGAAGAAAAGAGAAGCAACAAGGAUGAGCAACAAGGCAGAAGCGCACAGCAACUCUGAUGGCAACAUGAAGAAGAUGCUGAAGUGUGUUGUGGUCGGCGACGGAGCCGUUGGCAAAACCUGCCUGCUGAUGAGUUACGCCAAUGACGCUUUCCCAGAAGAAUACGUGCCCACUGUGUUUGAUCACUAUGCAGUAACAGUAACUGUUGGUGGCCAGCAGCAUUUGCUUGGACUUUAUGACACUGCAGGACAGGAGGACUACAAUCAACUAAGGCCCCUCUCCUACCCCAACACGGAUGUGUUUUUGAUCUGUUUCUCUGUGGUCAACCCUGCCUCGUAUCACAAUGUCCAAGAGGAAUGGGUGCCAGAACUGAAAGGGUGCAUGCCCCAUGUGCCUUAUGUUCUGAUAGGAACUCAGAUUGAUCUUCGAGACGAUCCCAAAACGUUGGCUCGGUUGCUUUACAUGAAAGAGAAGCCCCUGACUUAUGAACAUGGAAUCAAAUUGGCAAAAGAGAUAGGAGCCCAGUGCUACUUGGAGUGCUCAGCUUUGACCCAGAAAGGCCUGAAGGCAGUCUUCGAUGAAGCCAUUCUCACCAUCUUUCAUCCCAAGAAGAAGAAGAAACCUUGUGCCGGAGGCUGCAACGGCUGCUGUACAGUUGUAUGACAACAUUGGGAUCAAAAUGUAGGACUGUUUGAGGGUUUCAGUCAAAGCUUUCCCAUCAUUCCUUCCACAUCUGUGACAGAGGGACACCUGUGACUCCUCUGAACCACAACCUUGUGACCGUCUCG